AUGAAACCCAUAACCCGACAUUUAAAUCACUUGCACAAAGACAGCCAGCGGGAACCCAGCAAAGAAGAUGUUGUGGAAAGUUUGAAGUUUCUUUAUCAAGAAAACGACGACUUAGAUGGUCUGUUUGACGAAAUGUUUCAAGUCGGGGGCGCACUUUUCGUCACUGCGGUGCAACAUAUUGUCGCGAGAACACUAAUUCGUUUCCCUGAGGAAUAUGGGGA